CAGAUAAACAUUCGGUAAACAUUGCAAUUGACAGGCAGAACGGGACGCACGUGUAUCUAGUGUUUUGAAUAGAAUUAGAGUUUCGGACUAUUUUUUUAUUGUUCUCAAUAUUAACUAAAAGAAAUGACUGAAUUGGAUAUUCAGGGCUCUGAAUCUGAAUACACUUCAGAGGAUGAAUCCGAAGAAGAGUUGCAAGAGGCAUUUGCUCGUGGUGACUUGAAGCCUGGACUAAAUAUUGAAUACCAAAAGAGAGAAAAAGUUAACAACAUCUCUGGACUUCUUGCCAAGGCCGACGAAAUAAAACUUGAUUUGCCAUGGGUUGAACGAAUGGAUAUGAUAAACGAUUUAGCACCCCUCGCCCCUGAAAUGGCUAUUGCUUUGGAAAAACACGAGCAAAAAAGAGCAAACUUGUUUAAAGGCAAUGCCAAAAUUCCAUAUGUACGUCCAGAAGAAGAUCCCGUGCUAAAUGAUUUCAAACGUGAAAUGUUAUUUCAUCGUCAAGCUCAAGCCGCGGUCAUUGAAGGCAUACGCCGCCUACAUGAGUUGGGUAUCAAAACAAAAAGACCUGAUGACUAUUUCGCUGAAAUGGCUAAAUCAGAUGAACACAUGCAAAAGGUUCGGGCAAAUCUAAUGGCCAAACAGGAGGGACAAGCGAAAUCUGAAAGAAUCAGACAGAUAAGAGAACAACGUAAAAUGGGUAAAAUAUUGGCCAAACAAACGAAAGUACAAAGAGAAAUGGAAAAGAAAGACAUGCUCGAUAAGUUGAAGAAGUUCCGUAAGGGCAAAUUGAAGAAUUUAGACUUCCUUGAGGAUGCCAAGGCACUGGAGGCGAAAACAAAGAAAACAGCUGAGAAACGGAAACAACGUGAUAAGAAAUUCGGUUUUGGUGGCAAGAAGAAGGGUAUGAAGCGCAAUACAAAGGCGUCUGCUGCAGGUUUGGAGAACACAAAGGUACCUAGGCGUCGUGUUGGUUCAAAGGCUGCACCAGGCAGCAAACGUUUGGGAAAAUCCAGACGCAUGAAAAAUAAAAGUAAAAAAUAGAUAUAAGUUUUGAUAAUUAUAAAGGAUAUAUAAUUGCAGAUGUAUUUUUAUAAAUAAAUGUAGGUUGUAUUCAAUAUAA